AUGGCUGGCCGCUUGUCGCGCGUGGCCGCAUGGUGCCGCAACGUGGAGAACCAGAAGAACCUCGCAAGGAUGGUCGGAGGCGUCAGCUUCUUUUCGCUCGCGCUGCUGUCCCUGAAGCGGGUCUCUCCGGGACACGUGGGCCUGAUCGAGGACCUGAACGGCCAGUUGCGUCCGUACAUAUACGACGACGGCCAGUUGGUCCUUGCGAUUCCCAUCUGGCAGCGCAUCAUCAACGUCCGCUUGAUUCCCGUCAAGAAGCGCUUCAUCAAGGAGUACAAGACCAAGGACGGCAGAGAUGUAGAGGUACGGCUAUUGUGCCGACUGCAGCCCAAGGUUCAUUGGGUCCCAGAGAUCUAUUACAAGUUUGGGAAGGACUAUGGCAGGAGCUUCUUGGAGAAGGAAGCGAGCGUAGACAUCGCGGAGGUCGUGAAGCAACAUACCUUCGAGGAGCUGGUCCACGGGAGCGAGGACGUUGCGGACGCCAUUGCAGAGGCGAUCAGCGAUCGCCUCUCGGACGCGUGCGCUUUCCACAAGAUCAAGAUUGCAAGAGAGGAGACGGCGAUCGUCUUCCUGGACCCAGAGGCCCCCGAGGAGUAG